AUCUAGACCGUUAAAUCAUUCUCAUCAAUCUAGACCGUUAAAUACAACUGCUAAACCCAUCUCUCUUUCCCUAUCCAUUCUCUGCAAAAUCAAUGGCUGCCAAGAUCAUGUUGCUAUCUCCACCUCCAAUCCCUCUCCGUUCUCUCCCAUUUCACACAAACAAACUACACCCAUGGAACCAUCAGCACCAUCUUCCAACUCCAAAACCAGAGAAACUUCGAUUAUCCCUUCAUGAGAGUGCCGAAUUCAUCACCCAACAACAACAACUACUAAACCCCAAUUCUCUUUUCUUGCUUACAGAGACUGCUGGUUAUUCUUUGGCUAGUUAUUAUACUUCUCUUGGUCUCUUUGUUAUAUCUGUUCCUGGUCUUUGGUCCCUCAUCAAACGUUCUGUUAAAUCCAAAAUUGUGAAGAAGACAUUUGUAGAUGAAGUUGGAAAUAAGGCACCAAAUCAGGUUGCAGGGGAGGUGCUAUCAUUCUUUACUCGUAAUAAUUUUUCAGUGGUUGAUAGAGGAGAAACAAUCACGUUUGAAGGAGUGAUGGUUCCUAGCAGGGGGCAAGCAGCACUGUUAACUUUCUGCACUUGCAUCAGUCUUGCAAGUGUUUCCCUUGUGCUCACCAUAACUGUGCCAGAUGUUGGCAAUAAUUGGUUUGGGUUAACCAUCUUAAGUCCAUUGGCGGGUGCUUAUUACUGGACUAGAGCAUCCAGAAAGGAGCAAAUUAAGGUGAAACUGACAGUUAAAGAAGACGGAACCUUAUCAGAGAUUGUUGUUCAAGGUGACGACCAACAAGUCGAGCAAAUGAGAAAGGAACUAAAGUUUAGUGAGAAGGGCAUGGUUUAUGUUAAAGGCCUUUUUGAAACAUGACUUGUUUUAAUCAUAUGGCUGGACAGAAUGUACACAAAUGAAUAGGCAUGUGAAAAACAGCCAACAGAAAUGUUAGUGAACAAUUAUGUUAAAUCAGCACGCUGACAGUUUUGACAUUUGCCAUAGGCAUCUAGUACAUUUUAAGAAUUAAGAUCA